AUGCUAACUAGAGGCGUCACGUUGGUAACGGGCCAAAAAAGAGCGUUUUCAGCGGGCUUGCAGCUGCUGAACAGCACUAGUUCACCACUUUUCGAUCCAACACAGCUGAACCCUUUGAGCAAUGGGAAAAAGGACUCACAAUCGUCUGCGAGAUUGCGAGUCAACACAGCCGCUCCCGGACAGCAACAGCAGCGUUAUGCGGCGGUGUCGUUCGUUGCGUCUCCUAAGGAGGAUGCGUUGACGUCAAGAUUGACCGGAAUUCGCGCAGGCAGAACUGUGGAUGUGUUCAAUGGAGACACGGCUGGUGCAUUUAGACAGCUCAAUUCUGUGGUCUUUGCCAACAGAAUCGCUCAGGAUAAGCGUAACCAACGAUUCCACAUCAAGCGUGGUAAAGUGAAGGAAAUGCGUUCUUCGCAACGUCACCGUCGUGAAUUUAUGAAAGGUUUCAAGAGACUUAUUGAGGUGGUCAAGGACGCAAAGCGUAAGGGUUACUGA